AUGUCCGCGGUUGCUGCAGCUUGUAACGCCACAACGCCUGCCUCUGAUAGCUACAGUAACUCCGGAUCUUGUGCGGGGUCACCAGGGGCUGUUUCACAGGUACCAACAAUCCUUGAUACACGUGGUCGCAAGAUAAUCCCAACCCCACUGACGCGCGCCGCCACCCCUCAAGAGGCUAUCGCCACCGUGUCUACGACUGUGAACAGUAGCGGCCCCUCACCGCCUGCUGGUGGGGGGCCUACAAGUCGUGGAUAUGUGAUUCAAGCACGACCGAAGCCUGGGCGCAAGCCUGCCAAAACCGAGCCCGAGAGCAAGCGCAAAGCCCAAAAUCGCGAGGCACAACGCAACUUCCGCCAACGAAAACUUCAGAAAGAGGACGAGUUUAGGGAAGCGAAUAACAGGCUAGAGGCCCUUCUCAAGGAAAAACAUAAUGAGCUUGUCAUCUCUCAAGAGGAGACGCAACAACUGUUGAAUAGAAAUCAACAGCUCUGGCACGAGAACCAGCUCAUGCAAGAAGAGAUCCGAAGGCUUAGAGCGAAAUGUGGCGAAGACGCGCAAAUGCAAGGCCAGGAUCCUACGUUACAGCAUCAAUCAUCUCAGUACCCUAUGCCGACGCACUACGAUGUACGACACGAUAGUCCCACGCAUGUAUCUUUCGACGAGAUCAACGUCGGUAGUUCACAGAACACGGAUGCUGCCUGCAACCGAUGCACACCCGACCACUGCGCUUGCUUUGCCGAGAUGACCAACGGCUUGAACUUCGAUGAUGCAUCUGUUCCAAUGGAAGGCGUAAAUACAACUGCUCAUGGCCAGCCUGAAGAUGAGGGACAGCAUGGUCAUGAAGAGUUUGAGACCGACUUUACCACCAGCUUCCGGAAGCCUACAUUGCAGACGCAGGAUCCGCCAUCAUUCGCGUCCGUCACUGAAGAUACUAAAGUCGCCGACUGCGGCUUCUGUCAAGGCCAAAAGGAGAUUUGCAUUUGUGUUGGCGUGGAGGCAAAGGUUGAGAAUGAGCCGACUCCAAUGGCACGUAUUUCACCGCGCUCUUCGAGCAAGACCGCCAAACACAAGAUGGCUAUGACAGGACCCGGCUCUUGUGAAGAUUGUCAGUCGAAUCCCAGGCAACGAGCUUGGUGCCAGCGAGUCGCACAACUCCGAAGCGAAGCCACUCCACCCCUCUCACGGCGCAACUCGAGCAGAAGCAGCUCCCUAGACGUCAUGGAGCCAAAGGUAUCAACAGCCUUCGACAUGCAAGCCGGCUCCUCAUCACCCAUCGGCAGCGGACGUACAGUAGGCUGUAGUGAAGCCUUCAAGCUACUCGACGGCCGAGUCAACACCGAUCCGAAUGCCAUGGACUGGCGCCAGCUCAAACCUGUCCCACGACCUUUUCCCCAGCAAGAAGACCGCCGCAACUCAUUCAGCAUGGAACCUGGCCUGUACAGCGCCAUGGAGCUCGACGCCAGCAGUAUCCUCACCACACUCCAACACGCCCAGCGUCCUCUACGGCCUCGCGCAUCUGAUGGAUCUCAUAGGGCGCUCAUCGAGGAGGCAGAGGAGAGGCGCCAAGCGUCCUUUUCUCCGACCACCGAAGCUCAAGAUCACGAUAUGAUGGAUGCUGUCUCGCAGUAUAAGAUUGGUAUGUAAUAAGUACUAUGCUCUUGACUGCGGUUGGUAAUAUACCUACCUCUGGCGUCAUGUUCUUUUGUUUCGGCUGUCUUUUUUUGUGGAAGAAAAGCAACACGGCCUUUUCCCAGUACAUCUCAAGAGAUGUCUGGAUGUGGGCUUGAAUCUCAUGGUUUCCAUUGCGUGUUUGAUUGAUAGGCGAAUUCUGGGGGUUGAUUGCUUUACCUUUUCUUUAUUUGCAUGUUUGAUUAACACAAUCACACGGUGUUUACCUGUUGGGCGGAUCAAUCUUGCGAUUGCCUUUUUUAUGGCUGAUGACUACCACUACUACUGACUUUGCUACACAUAUGCGUCUGGCGUUUUUUAACCGGGUAGACAUAAUCACGAACACGUUUCUCAACAAUUCACACA